UGCGUCUUUAACAUUGCGUUGAUGAUGUCAGCUGAUCCUUCAGGUUUUCUGCUCGGUGUCCGUGUAAACACACCGAAUGUGUACAUCAGCGGCUGUAGAGUUCACAGCACACGGCUCUGAUCUGCGGAUCACGGAUGUAAAUACAGUGGAUGGAAAUUAAUCGAUGACGCGGUGAGCGGCUGUUUAACGCGCAUCUGCGUUGCGUGCGCUGGCUUAUUUUAAUUGUGUGCUUUACAAAUAACGCGUGUAUAUACACCGCAUCCGUGCAGUCGACACUGAUUAUUUUGCGGAUUUUCGGUGGUGAUCUGUAACACUACAGAUAUAUUUGUGAGGGGAAACUCAUCCAUCCAGGAAGCGGCGGCUCUUCAUAAGCGCAUCCUGCUGUAUAUGGUAAAUCAUGUACACUCCGGCAGCCGAUACGGGAGUGACGGUGGUUGAGAAGGAUGCGGCUCUGAGCAGUGCGUACUCACCUGUGGACUACAUGAGCAUCACCAGCUUCCCCAGACUACCAGAAGAUGAUGUUUCAGCCGACAACACGCUCAAAUCACGUAAAGACGAUGAUAACUUUCUCAGUGAGCAGGACACAGACCCUGAUCUGUUUCUGAAGUCAGCCCGACUGCAGCGGUUGCCCUCCUCUGCCUCUGACUUGGCCAGUCAGGACGUGUCUCCACUAAGAGAGACCAGCAGAGACCCGCUGGCACAGGAUUGUGCUUGUACACGUGAUGGGCUGACCGUCAUCAUCACCGCCUGCCUGACCUUCGCCACGGGGGUCACCGUGGCCCUCAUAAUGCAGAUCUACUUUGGAGACCCACAGGUGUAUAAUCAGGCCGCGGUGGUGACGGAUGUGGCCCGCUGCACGUCUCUGGGCUUUGACGUUCUGGGCAAACAAGGGUCCAGCGUUGAUGCCGCUAUUGCCGCUUCACUCUGCUUGGGCAUCAUCCAUCCCCACACCUCGGGCAUUGGCGGUGGUGGCGUGAUGCUCGUCCAUGACAUCCGCAGGAAUGAGAGCCGGGUCAUUGACUUCCGUGAGACGGCACCCUCUGGAAUUCAUGAGGACAUGAUGUUACGUGUUAAUCAAAGGUCAGGUCUGUUAGUGGCUGUUCCCGGCAUGAUCAGUGGAUUGCAUCAAGCUCAUCAGCUCUAUGGAAGAAUGGCGUGGAAAGACGUCAUCACUAUGGCAGCAGAUGUGGCGAGGACUGGAUUCAAUGUGACGCAUGAGCUGGCUGAUGCAUUGUCUGAAGUGAAGGAGCAGAAUGUGUCGAAAGCAUUCAGAGAUUUGUUCCUGCCAAACGGUCAGGCUCCACUCGCGGGACUCUUCGCUAAACGCCUGGAUUUAGCUGCUAUUUUGGACAAGAUUGCAGCCAAUGGGAUCUCAGAGUUCUACAAUGGGAAUCUGACUCAGGAAAUGACAUCAGCGGUUCAAGCUAAAGGAGGAGUGCUGACAGAGGAUGACUUCAAAAACUACACCACUGUCAUACAGAAGCCACUGCAAAGUAUUUACCAGGGCUACCAGGUGUUUGUUCCUCCUCCGCCCCACGCGGGAGCCGCCCUGCUGUCCGCUCUCAACAUCCUGGAGGGAUUUAACAUCACAAACCAGGUGUCCAGGAGCAACAUUUACCACUGGAUAGCUGAGUCUCUGAAGAUUGCUUUGUCUCAAGCCAGUGGACUGGGAGACACCAUGUUCGAUUCAUCGGUUUCUGAGUUGGUGACGCAGAUGCUUAGUAAAAGCCAAGCUGCUGCGUUCCGGCAGAAGAUCAGUGAUUCACAGGCGUCAGCGGCUGAGCACUACACCCCGUCAUACGAGCUGCAGGAGGGCGCUGUGGCCAGCCAGCUCAUGAUCAUGGGCACCGAUGACUUGAUUGUGUCUGUUAUGAGCUCACUAAACCGUCCAUUUGGAAGCCGCAUCGUGACGCCCUCUGGGAUUCUCCUGAACAGUCAGAUGCUGGACUUCUCUUGGCCCAAUAAAACCCACGGCUCAGCUGCUUUUAAUCUGCGUAACACCGUUGAGCCGGGAAAGAGGCCAGCCUCCUUCUUGACGCCCAUCGCGGUGAGGCCGUCCAUAGGGCUGUGCGGCACCUACGUCGCACUGGGCUCUUCUAAUGGCGACAGGGCGCUGAGCGGUAUCACGCAGGUUUUGAUUAAUGUUUUGUCAUCACGCAAUAACAUGAGUGACAGUGUGUCCUACGGCAGACUGCACCCUCUCAUCCAAAACAACACCCUGCUGGUGGACUCUAAAUUUCUUGAGGCGGAUGUGAAGUCUCUGACACAGAAGGGUCACGAUGUGCGUAAGGUGGACAUCAUCUCAUUGGUAGAAGGCACCCGGAGGACCAACGACCUGAUUAUCGGUGUGAAGGACCCGCGAAGCACUGACGCCUCCGCGCUGUCCAUGUCCAUGCCAUAGAUUCACACACACUCUGCUGUACACACACUGUGCACUAAAUGGGGACGUGAUGAGUUUUCAGAGUUCUGAGGACAGAGUUGAUAUCCAAAAUAGAGGGACCAUGUCCGGUAGAUGGAAAUGAGCUGCUCACUGCUACCCCGCCACAAACACAGAGAAAAAUGCACACACAUGAGGACAAAUAAACGAUUUUACCUAAUGAUUUCAAGAGCUCGUUAGUUCAAGAACUGGUGUGUUAUCACACAUGACCAGAUAAAUAUGAAUUGUACUCAUUCUCAGGUCAUCCAAAAUGUAGAUGAGUUUGUUUCUUUGUCAGAUUUGGAGAAAUUUAGCAUUGCAUCAUUUGCUCACCAGUGGAUCCUCUGCAGUGAAUGGGUGCCAUCAGAAUGAGAGUCCAAACAGCUGAUAAAAACAUAACAAUAAUCCACAAGUAAUCCAGUCCAGCUAUUUUUGUCAAUGUUUUGUAAUGCAAAAUUUCUCCAAAUCUGUUCUGAUGACGAAACAAACUCCUCUACAUCUUGGAUGGUCUGAGCUGUGAGCACAUUUUUAUUUUGAGGUGAGCUAUUCUUCCAACAUGGUAUGUGUCAAAACAGUUGGACAUACCUACUCAUUAUUUAUUAUUAUUUUCACAAUGUGGAAUUAUGGUAAAGUCAUCAAAACUGUGAAAUGACACAAAAGAAAGCGUGCAAUUAUGUAUCGACCAGAAAAUGUCAAACAAAUCAAAAUAUUCGUGCUUAGUCAAUCGCCAGCCUUCGUCUAGAAUCCAUUUGAGCCCUCUUCUCUCAAAAAAACCUCAUGAGGUUCUUCUUGGGAUGCUCAAAUAAACAGUAUUGAAGGCGUUUUGUGUGUGCUGAACGCCUGCUAGCUGCUUGUUCUUCACGCAUAAGAUCACAAGGGACAAAUUCAGUCAAGUGUGUCCGAGCUUUUAACUUCUACUGUAUAUUUUAUGACUUUUUCUUAUCAGAAUUAGUAGUUAUUUGAGGAUUGUGUCAGAAAAAAGGCCAGUGAAAGGGUUUUUUCAUAUCUUGCAAGACCUUGCAAGGUCUCUUGAAGUCUUCACAAAGAAGUAUCUUUACAAAUGUAAGUAAAUGUUACUUGAAGUGAAUGUUACACGAGUAAAUGCUCCCGUUUACGAAUGAAUUUCAUACUGAUUAUUGAGGGUGUGUUGGUAACAAAAUGGUAAUGGUCUUAUUUUAUUAGCCAAUCAAAACAUCCUUGAAUCAUUAAGCAAACUCUCUGAAAUGAAUGAAGCAGAGAGAAUGUCCGUUGCAAAAUAUGAGGUAAAUAUGAUGGAUUUCCCUACAGUUAUGUAAUAUGCUUUCAGAUGUAGUUUAAUAUAUGCCAUAAUUAUUUCCUUUUACAGUUUUAUUUUGAAUUGUGGAUGCCAAUUUGUUGAUGUAUAUAAUUGUAAUGCAUAAACAGUGAAAUACGUUUUAGUUCACGCACAUUUUUCUGAGGGACAAUCAGUUGAUUAUUUAAAAGUGAAGUGAGCUUUCUGUUAAUGGACACAAUUGUUAAUUUCUGCCACAACUGAAUAUUAUUGCACUGUAACAGCAUUACUGUUGUGUUUAGUAGCUUUGCAAUGACCGUGAUCAUGAUGAAAAAUAAAUAUUUGUAUGUA